AUGGAGAAAAAUCGGAAAGACUUUGUAUACAUUGAUUUAUCCAAAAACAGAUUUGAAGGAGAGAUUCCAAAUGUCAUUGGAGAACUAUUUGCAAUGAGAGGGCUCAACCUUUCCCAUAACAGAUUUAGUGGUCAUAUUCCCCAAUCCUUGGGAUAUUUGACAAACUUAGAAUCAUUAGAUCUGUCUUCGAAUAUGCUUAAUGAAUGUAGCAAAGACCCUGGACAACAUUCUCCACCUUCACUGACCUUCAAGAGAGAACAAGGAUUUGGAUUUGGUUGGAAACCAGUGGCCAUAGGAUAUGGAUGUGGAAUUAUAUUGGAGUGGGAAUGGGAUGUUGUGUGCUGUUAA